AUGAUCAAAGGUUUGCACCCCAUUAGCCAAGCGUUACUUGGUACGCUUGUUACCUGGGGCUUUACUGCUCUUGGCUCGGCAAUGGUGUUUGUACUGGACGUGGAGAAUAAAGCAACAAGUCGAAAGAUUCUGGACGGCAUGCUCGGUUUUGCUGGUGGUGUCAUGUUGGCUGCUUCCUAUUGGUCUUUAUUGGCACCAGCUAUCGAGAUUGCAGAAGAGUCUGAGCUCUAUGGACCAAAUGGUCGCUGGUCUUUUGUCCCGGCAGCUGUGGGGUUUACACUUGGAGCAAUGACGCUCUUUGGUACUGAGAAGGUAUUGCCUUUUGUCGAGAAAUACGUGGUCAUUUCUUCGGAUGAAGAGCUCAAGAUGAAGAAGAAAGAUGACGAUUAUAACGACGAGAACCACGGCAAGCCAACGCUUGGCAAUACGAGCAGCUACCGACGAGUGCUGCUGCUUGUUAUUGCAAUUACACUGCACAAUUUACCCGAGGGGAUGGCAGUUGGCGUAGGAUUCGGAAGUGUCGGUCACAGCUCCAAUGCGAGCUUUGGCAAUGCCGUGAAUCUGGCGAUUGGCAUUGGACUGCAGAACUUCCCAGAAGGGUUGGCCGUGUCAAUGCCAUUGAGAAGAGAAGGUGCAUCGGCAUUUAAAGCGUUUAUGUGGGGACAAGCGAGUGGGUUGGUCGAGCCGAUUGGAGGGUUGAUUGGAGCGGGCGCGGUCUUGUACGUGCAGCCAAUUCUUCCGUACGCACUGUCGUUUGCUGCAGGAGCUAUGAUAUUUGUCGUUGUGGACGAUCUCGUGCCCGAGACAACGCAGAGUGGCAACCAAAAGCUGGCAACUUUUGGCACUAUAAUUGGCUUUGUUGUUAUGAUGGUAAUGGACGUCGCACUCGGAUAA